CCGUCAAUACUCUAGCAAGUAAUCAUUAUUCUACGUGUAAUUGUGUUUUUCGAGGCAGUUAAUUCUAUCUAAUGAUAGCAACGAGCCUUUCCUUUUGAAAAUAGAAACAACUUGAAUGAGACUAUAGCCCAGACUCGGCUAUGGAUGGCAAAGAAUGCGCAGAGUCGUUGUCACAGGUCUGGGCGCCGUCACACCUCUCGGCGUCGGUGUUCGACGCACAUGGAAUAGGCUCGUAGCCGGCCAUUCAGGCAUCGUCAGCGUUGCCGACUUUGAACCACAGAAGCGAUGGCGUGAAAUCACGAGUACCGUCGCUGGUAUCGUUCCCAAGACCACUGGCGCGAGUGAAGUGGAUGGGCUGUGGCGAGCCGAUGAGUGGCUCUCUGCCUCCGAUCAGCGACGCAUGUCGACAUUUUCUCAAUAUGCUAUGGCCGCUGCCGAGAUGGCUCUCGAAGACGCAGCAUGGAUGCCUGAGGGAAAAGGCGACUUGCAGGAUACGGGAGUAUGCUUAGGAAGCGGUAUUGGCAACCUGGAAGAGCUCUAUAGGACUAGUAUCGCGUUCGAUAAUGGCGGUUACAAGAAGGUAUCGCCAUUGUUCGUGCCUCAGAUCCUCAUCAAUCUUGCUGCUGGGCACAUCUCCAUGAAAUACGGCUUUCAAGGCCCAAAUCACGCGGCCACUACCGCCUGCACAACCGGUGCGCAUUCAAUUGGCGAUGCAUCUCGUUUCAUCGCAUACGGAGACGCAGACGUGAUGGUCGCUGGCGGCUCCGAGUCCUGCAUCCACCCUUUAACAUUCGCUGGAUUCGGGAGGUCACGAUCACUAUCCACGGCCUUCAACAGCGACCCCUCCUCGAGCUGUCGUCCAUUUGACCGGCAAAGGAAUGGAUUCGUAGUUUCCGAGGGCGCGGCAGUGGUGGUGCUGGAGGAAUUAGAGCACGCGAAGGCGCGCGGUGCUCACAUACACGCCGAGCUCAGGGGCUAUGGAUGCAGCGGUGAUGCUCACCACAUGACGGCCCCGCGGGAGGACGGGUCCGGCGCUUUCCUCGCCAUGAAGCGGGCUUUGAAGCACGCGGGGAUCAAACCCCACCAGGUCGACUACAUCAACGCGCAUGCGACGGGUACGGCUAUCGGCGAUGCUGCAGAGGCACUUGCGAUUCGCUCCAUCAUGCUCGGCGAGGAAGGGUAUCGGAAGGACAGCCAAGUCAAUGUGAGCAGCACCAAGGGCUCUAUAGGUCAUCUUCUCGGCGCGGCUGGCGCCAUUGAAGCAGUAUUUUCUAUCCUCGCCAUUACUGAAAAUACACUUCCGCCCACACUGAAUCUGCACGACCCCGACAUCGAGCCGAAGUUCAACCUCGUCCCUCUCCAAGCGCAGGAGAAGACUGUCGAUGUGGCUGUAUCGAAUAGCUUCGGGUUUGGGGGAACUAAUGCUACCUUGGUCUUCUCAAAGUACCCGUAAAGAGUACAUAGGUAUGAACGUUUCGCCUGUAUUGUAUCAUAUAACGCUGUAUAUUAUAUAGCAAGCGUCCCUGUCCAGAAACGACAGGCUCAAGAUCCCCUCAUCUCAGCACCAUCAUAAUAACAACGCCCAACUCAAAAAAUGGACCUAUGGUAAUGAAUCACUUGCACUCUCUUGUUUACAGGUAUCAUGGUGUAUAUAUGUGGAAUUUGUGCCUUUUCUUACAAGUUUCACAUACAUAGUAGUUAACGUAGAACUAAGUACAACGCUGUAUUAUCGCUCACG